UGAUAAUGUUUUGUCAGGGUUGGAAGUGUUUUGACUCUCGUCGUGGUGAAGCCGGCAAUAUGAUCUGAAUCAGCAAAUCAACAUUCAUAUAAAGCAUGGAUAGGUUACCAAUAUUAAAGCGAUACGCCUAUGGUGUUGGUCAUGUACAGAACGACUUGUGUGCCUCUUUAUGGUUCAGUUAUUUACUUAUUUAUUUUCACACUGUCCUAUCUUUCAGUAAUUCUAUGGCAGGCAAUUUAAUGUUAUUGGGCCAAAUUGUUGAUGCUAUAAGUACACCUCUUGUUGGCUACGAAUCAGAUAAAACGUCAACAAGGUUUUAUGGAAAGAGAAAAACAUGGCAUCUUUUGGGUACUAUUUGUGUUGCUGUUAGUUUUCCGUUUUUAUUCAAUCCCUGCAUUACUUGUAAUGAUUCACCUGAUUGGGCACGAUUUAUUUACUACGCACCUUUUGUUGCUAUAUUUCAAUUUGGCUGGGCGUCUACUCAGAUUUCACAUCUAGCACUCAUUCCUGAACUCUCACCAAAUGAAAGUACAAGAGUUGAAUUAAAUGCCAUCAGGUAUGCCUUCACUGUGAUAGCCAAUAUAUUUGUGUACGGCCUUACAUGGUUUUUAUUAGAUUUAUUUUCUGGUUCCAUACCGGCUAAUGACACAGAACAGUCUCUUUCACCAGAUGAUAUCCCAACAUUUACAAAAUUAUCAGCUAUUGUGAUUGGUACAGGAAUUGUAUUCUCUUCCAUAUUUCACAUUGGAACUAAAGAGAAUCCUGGGCGGGCGUUACAAGAGUCUACACAUCUUAUCAAUGGUCAUUUGUCAGAACAACGUCAAAUGAGCUGGAAAAGUUGGCUGAUUGAGCCACAGUUUUAUCUUAUUGCUUUAUUGUACAUGUGUACACGACUUAUGGUUAACAUAUCUCAGGUGUAUAUACCUCUAUUCCUACAUGAUACACUUCAUCUUGAUAAGAUUUAUAUCGCCAUUAUUCCUCUUAUUAUAUAUAUCAGUGGUUUCCUUACGUCAUUAUUUAUGAAGUUAAUAAAUGCUUUCAUUGGCAGGAAGUUAACAUACAUGUUUGGUGCUCUCAUGGUGAUCGCAUUUAGUACUUCUUUAUGGUUUCGCAAUAUUGGUAAUGGUAUCUAUGCGUCAGCUGUCCUGAUUGGUGCUGGUGGUUCUACUGUAUUGCCAGAUUGA